AUGUCAAAGGCAAAGGCGAUCGGAAUUGACCUUGGCACGACCUACUCGUGCGUUGCCGUUAUGGAAGGCAACAAGGUUGAGAUUAUUGCGAACGAGCAGGGCAACCGGACGACCCCGUCAUAUGUUGCCUUCACGGAGACGGAGCGCCUCAUCGGAGACGCCGCGAAGAACCAGGUAGCGCUGAACCCCGAGAAUACUGUCUUUGACGCGAAACGUCUCAUUGGACGUAAGUUCUCUGAUCCUACCGUGCAGGAGGAUAUGAAGCACUGGCCAUUCAAGGUCGUUCAAGGCCCGGGUGACAAGCCGCUCAUCCAGGUUGUCGCACAUGGCGACGUGAAACGGUUCUCCCCGGAGGAGAUCAGUGCCAUGGUGUUGACGAAAAUGAAGGAUAUUGCGGAGUCAUACCUGGGAACGAAGGUUACUGAUGCUGUUAUCACAGUGCCGGCAUAUUUCAAUGAUUCCCAGCGCCAGGCGACAAAGGAUGCUGGUACGAUCGCCGGUCUGAACGUCCUUCGCAUCAUCAACGAGCCGACGGCAGCCGCAAUCGCGUAUGGUAUUGAUAAGAAGACGAGUGAUAACAAGGAGCGCAAUGUGCUGAUUUACGACCUUGGUGGUGGAACAUUCGAUGUGAGCUUGCUGAGCGUCGAUUCGGGCAUCUUCGAGGUGCGCGCAGUCUCUGGCAAUUCUCAUCUGGGUGGCGAGGACUUUGAUUCGCGAAUGGUGGAUUAUUUCGUGAAGGAGUUCAAGCGCAAGUACAAGGAAGACAUUACUGGGAACAAUCGAGCCAUGCGGCGAUUGCGGACGGCGUGCGAACGGGCGAAACGGACGCUGUCGUCGGCGACGCAAGCGACGAUUGAGAUAGAUUCCCUUUACAACGGCAUUGACUUUUACAGCUCAAUCACUCGAGCCAAGUUCGAGGAGCUCUGCGGAGAUUUGUUCCGCAGCACCCUCGAUCCUGUUGAGAGGGUCCUGAAGGACGCGAAUUUGUCGAAGAGCCAAGUUGACGACGUCGUUCUCGUCGGCGGCUCGACACGCAUUCCAAAGAUUCAGCAACUUCUUAGCCAGUUCUUCAAUGGCAAGGAGCUCUGCAAGUCAAUCAAUCCGGAUGAGGCGGUGGCGUACGGAGCAGCCGUCCAGGCUGCAAUCUUGUCGGGCCAUGAGUCUGAAACGACCAAGGACAUUCUGUUGCUCGACGUGACGCCUCUCUCGCUCGGUAUUGAGACCGCCGGAGGUGUCAUGACUGUUUUGAUUCCGCGGAACAGCACAAUCCCGACAAAGAAGAGCCAGAUCUUCACAACCUAUGCCGACAAUCAGCCUGCUGUCACGAUUCAAGUUUAUGAAGGCGAGCGCGCUAUGACCAAGGACAACCACCUGUUGGGACAGUUCACCUUGACAGGUAUUCCGCCGGCACCACGGGGUGUGCCUCAGAUUGAGGUCACAUUUGACCUCGAUGCGAACGGCAUCCUGAAUGUUACAGCAGUUGACAAGACUACCGGUAAGAGUGAACGGAUUGCGAUUAAGAAUGAAAAGGGUCGGCUGAGCGAGGCGGAGGUUGAGCGCAUGGUGAAGGAGGCAGAGGCCAUGAAGGCGAAGGAUGAAGAAGUCCGACGCACGGUCGAGGCGCGCAACUCGCUCGAGCAGCUGGCCUAUUCGGCGAAGCGCACCGUGGAAGAGGAACAGGUAGCUCAGAGCCUCAGCGCCGGCGACAAGCAGAAGAUUCUUGACAAGACCAAAGAAGUGCUGGAAUGGCUCGAAGAAAACGGCGCCACUGCUUCGCUCGAUCAGAUCAAGAACAUGCAGAAAGAGCUGGAAAGCGUUACCAUGCCCAUCUUCACUCGCAUGUACCAGCAAGCUGGCGGCGCUGCAGAUGGCAUGCCAGGUGCCGGUGGUAUGCCUGGAGCUGGCGGCAUGCCUGGAGCUGGCGGCAUGCCUGGUGCUGGCGGCGCUGGCACUGGCAGCGGCCCAACUGUCGAAGAAGUCGACUAG